GCGUGGCAAGGCAACUCCCCUUUUACCUCUGCCUUGUACGCAAAUGCUCCGUGGCGCAGCCAUGUUGUUCUCUUUCUAUCGAUUUCAGAGGCACUGAACACCUGUUUCCUCGCACAAACUGCGGUUUAAUUCGAACAUGGAGCUCACAGUACCAGACUUUAUGAGAAGGUGCAUUGAAUCCUACGAAGCGCUGAGAGGAAAGGUCCCUAGUGAAGUUGAUAUCGCAUUCUGGGAUGCUGUUGUCAUAUCAGCAGCCGAUGAGGACCAAGCCACUGCGUUUCGUGAACAAAUCGCUCAGAGGAAAGAGCGAAAUCUCAUCCCUCUUGUGCCGUAUCAUGUGUUCUCAGAUCCACCUGGACCAAAAGUUGGUUCAGGUGGUGCGACCCUUCACAUACUUGAGCAUCUUCGUAAUAUGUACGGAGAAGAACAGCGUCGCAUGAGAAUCUUGCUUAUUCACACUGGCGGCCAAAGCAAGCGCCUACCUAGCCACAGUGCUCUGGGAAAGCUGUUUGCGUUUCUUCCAAUCAGUGUGGCAACUGAGUUUCAAAUGUUUGACCUAAAGGUGGCUAUGUACUCUCCAUUCCUGGCCAAGAUGAAAGCCGGUGUGUUUUUGACUUGCUCAGACGACAUCGAGACUUACACGCUUCCUCUGUUUGAAGGAAGCACACAGUCAUGCCAGUGGAGCUUCGACAAAUCCGGAUUCACCGCACUUGCGCAUCCAUCCCCCAUUUCAGUGGGGCUAACACAUGGAGUCUAUGUUCUGCCAAAGGAAGUUCAGUCUACCUCCACGUGCCUGACGACCGAGUGCCUUGAAGUUUUGCAGAAGCCAACAGAGAAGCGUAUGCGUGACAAGGGCGCAAUUUUUGAGGAAGGAGAAAGCAACAAGGAGUUUGCAUACACUGACAGUGCAUUCUUCUUUGAUUGCUCUGUUGUUGACAAGCUCAUCAAGUUCUACACCCAGAUCAAGCCAGUGACCCAGGAAAUCGAUGCCUACAGAGAUUUUCUGCAGCUUUUAGGCAGUCGUUCGAGGAGUUGUGUUUCACAGGCAGGCGAAGGUGGAGCGGGAGAUCAGCUUGGUGUCCAACAAGUGCUCCACAACUGUGAGCUACAUGUGGUGGUGCUGCCGUUAUCAAAGUUCUACCAUCUUGGAACAAUGCAGGAGUACAUAGAUAACUUGUGUUUCAGCGAGACCUUUGCGGAGGAGUUGCAGACCUCUAGGUUUGUGCACAGCAAGCUUAUUCCCUUGGAGGUUUGUGUACCUGCUAACAUUUCUGGAGUGGUAAUGCGCUCCCUCAUUCACCCAGCAUCCACUGUUCCUCGCUCGGCAGUUGUAGAGUGCUGUAGGUUUGAAGUGCCAGUUAAACUCGGAGACAUGUGCAUUCUCAGCAACUGCCGACUAGAAAACCUAGUCGACGGAGUGGUGGAAGUUCCAGGAAGGGCUAUAAUAUUCACUGUCAGUGUAAGAAACGACACUUGCAAAGGGUACGUCACACUCGCAUUUGGAAUUGAUGAUGACUUGAAGUUAGCAGCGCGUGAUGCAAGGGAACUGUCCUACUUUGGAAAGAGGUUGGGUCAGUUGGAGGAUUCCAAGCUAGUCAUCUGUGAUUCAUUGUUUAAGACUUCCUCUGCCGCAUCGACUCUCUGGGAGGCAAGACUCUUUUCAGUGAAAGCCACAAUGACAGAGGCAUUUCUGUCAACGUUAGAACUGGUGCAGGCGGUACUACAGGAUGUCCCUCAAGUGGCCGAAGGAAAAGAAAGUGCAACAAUGAGCAUGGAUGAUGUCUUAAGAUGCAAGGACAUAGGGGAGCUUCUAAGACACCAAAACACUAUAUUCAAUUGAUAAAUGACCAAGUUAUUGCACGGCAUUUCUGCUAAGUUCAUGCCCGGUGUACAUCUUGUGAAACUUAAGUGGAUUUGUGCAAUAAAGGUGCAAUGGUGCUUAACGCACC